ACGGAUAAUUCUACUUCUGAUUAAUACCCAUCAUUCUGUAAAGCUCAAAGAGCAAUUAGCUAUCAAAUUGAGUCUUUUUAAAUUACCAGGCCCAAUUUUCGGUACAGAUAAUUGAACAAUAGCAUCAAAACCAUUGUUUAUCCACUCUCAGGCGAGUAACAACCUUCACCAUGUCCGCCUUAGAUGUUGAAGCCCUCUUGGAUUCAACCGCAGCUGCUACUCCUGUCGAGCAAAAUGGAUCUGCUAAGGUUAAAGAAUCCGAUGAUCGCCACAAGGGUGAACGCAGCGAAAGACGCGACCGUGAUAGAAUUCGCGAUGAUAGCAGAGAUCGCGACAGAGACCGAAAACGUCGAGCUCGCAGCAGAGACAGAAACGAGAAAGACGGCACUUCAACCCCAAUAAGUGAGAAUGGAAGCGCAAAGGGUAGGCGCAGAAGCAGAAGUCGCGAUGAUAAUCGUCGACACCCACGUCGCCGUAGAGAUACCCCCGAAGAAAACGGCCGCAGAGAUGGAGAUUAUUAUAGGGGAGGUAGGGGUGGUGGUCGUCAACGCUCACGAACUAGAAGUCCUGAUAGAUAUUACCGUCCACGAGGUGACCGCCGUGAUCGCGACGAGGCAGACAAGCCUCGUGAAGAACGCCGACCUAGAAGUCCUAAACGAGAAGGCACACCUCCCCUGACUGAAGAUGAACGGGACAGGCGCACCGUUUUUGUACAACAACUAGCAGCUCGUCUCAGAACUAAAGAGCUCAUAGCAUUCUUUGAAAAGGUUGGCCCCGUCAAGGAGGCGCAGAUUGUAAAGGACAGAGUCAGUGGUAGAUCUAAAGGGUAAGUUUUGGUUCGCAAUUCUUUUACAUGAUUCCAUUAUUAAUUUCGCACAGUGUUGGCUACGUUGAGUUUAAAAACGAAGAAUCAGUUCCUGCCGCUAUUCAACUCACUGGACAGAGACUCCUAGGAAUCCCAAUUAUUGCACAACUCACUGAGGCUGAGAAGAAUCGACAAGUUCGCAAUCCAGAGGCUACCACCAGUAACCCUAACCAAAUUCCUUUCCAUCGACUAUAUGUGGGUAAUAUACAUUUCAGCAUCACUGAAGCCGAUUUACAGAAUGUGUUUGAGCCAUUUGGUGAGCUCGAAUUUGUCCAGUUGCAAAAAGAAGAGCAAGGACGUAGUCGGGGUUAUGGAUUUGUCCAGUAAGCUUUUUCUAGGAAAGGUUAUGUAGCUAUACUAACAACUACAAUAGAUUCCGUGAUCCAAAUCAAGCUAGAGAAGCGUUGGAGAAGAUGAAUGGAUUCGAUCUUGCUGGUAGACCAAUCCGUGUUGGUCUUGGAAACGAUAAGUUCACUCCUGAAUCUACCGCCAGUCUUCUACAAAGAUUUCAUGGCCAAAGCCACCAACAACAAUUCCAGGGUUCCGCAUUUUCCGGCGCUGGUGGGCGAGGCCCUACCGCUGCCGGUGGUAGUAAUUUCGAUCGUGCUGGUGGUCGUGAUAAUGAUAAAGGUGCGGGUGGUGCUAGUGCUUUGGACGACACUGACGUUGGCGGCGUAAACUUCAACAAUUAUAGUCGAGAUGCAUUGAUGAGAAAACUCGCCAGAACAGAUGAUACCACGACUGCCGCGAACCACGAGAGACGAGAAGUAUCAAAACCUAAAACAGAGACCAAAGCUUUACCAGUCAAUGUAAACAUGGCUAGCCGCUGUGUUGUACUCAAGAACAUGUUCGAUCCUACAGAGUUAGUAAUACAUUCCCCUGUGUCAACCCAUUGCUAAUCAAAUUCACAGAGAGGACGGUGAGAAUUGGGAAAAAGAACUCGAGGAUGAUGUCCGCGCAGAAGCGGAAGAAAAAUAUGGCCACGUUGUUCACAUUGCUUUAGAUCCGAACUCCCAAGGAGAUAUUUAUCUCAAAUUCGACCGAGUACAAGGAGGAGAGAACGCUAUUAAGGGUCUAAAUGGCAGAUAUUUUGGUGGACGAAUGAUUAGCGCUACUCCUGUUGUGGAUGCAGUCUACAGCAGUUUGUUCUCUCGCACAAAGGCUAUUUGAGAUGCUAAUUAUGGCCUACAUCCCGUUUGAAUUAGGCUCGUAUCUGGUAAGAGGUAAUCUCCUGUCUUAUAUGAGAAGACUAAUAUUGAGUAGAUUUUUAUCACAGAAAUCUCCAUGCGGUAGGCAUAAAUACCUUCGAAAACGUCACCGACACUGUGACUACCGAAGCAGCAACCACAUCGUUAUAUCAAUACGUAAUCCAAGUAUUCAAGAUGUUCCGGAUUUGAAACUCGACUCAAGCAUCUCAGGCAAACGUUCGAGAACAUUGCUGAUUUCUUUAUGCAGGAGCUUCACGAGCCUUACCCCCUGCCUAUAAUUCCACUGAUUGCACAUAGGGACCAAUUACUGUACACAAAUUUCAUCACUAUCAUUUUUUUUUUUUGGCAUACAUGCUUUCGAGUCUGACGAUAGCACACUUUAGUUA